AUGGAACAAUCUGAUCAGACCUUCAAUCCAGCAAGCCCAUUCUAUCUACACCCGGGAGAAAACCCAGGUUUGACUUUAAUCACUCAAGUUCUUAAUGAAAAUAAUUACUCCUCAUGGAGCAGAGCCAUGAGAAGGGCUUUAGUUUCGAAAAACAAAGUUAAAUUCAUAGACGGGUCAAUUAAAAGACCUCAGAAAAAUGAUGAUACCUACCAUGCAUGGGAAAGAUGUAAUGUGAUGAUUCUAUCAUGGAUGACGAAGACCCUAUCUCCUCAUAUUGCUGAAAGCGUCAUCUACGUCGAAGAAGCGAAAGAAUUAUGGGACGAGCUUAAAGAGAGGUUUUCAAAAGGGGAUUACUUCAAAAUCUCAGAUUUAUUGCAAGACAUACACUCAAUUAAACAAGGAGAACGUGGAGUCAGCCAGUUCUUCACUGCCCUGAAGAUUUUAUGGGAAGAAUUGGAGUCUUUAAGACCAAUACCAGUCUGCACUUGUGAAAUACCAUGCAACUGUGACUUGUCCAAGGUUUCGUUGAAAUAUAGAGAAAUGGAGCAUGUGAUUUGCUUUUUGAAGGGUUUGAAUGACUCUUACAAUACUGUUAAAACACAAAUUCUUUUAAUGGAUCCCUUACCAAAUGUUAAUCAUGUUUUCUCUUUGAUUAUCCAACAAGAAAGACAGGAAAAACAGAGUAACACAGAUUCCAGAAUUCUGGUUAACAUGGCUGAAAGAAACAAUCAGUGGAAACCUGACCAGAGUUGGAGGAAUCAGGGACGUGCUACUGGAAUUCGUGGACAAGGCAGAGGAAGGGGAAGAAACCCAAAUUAUGGAAAGCAAUGCUCUUAUUGUAAUAAGAUGAAUCACACGGUUGAUGAGUGCUAUUCUAAGCACGGGUAUCCCCCAUGGUAUAAGAAGGAAGAUAAAAAGAGUGACUGGAACACUGUCAAUGCUUUUCAAAACAACAAUGACUCUGAGAGCAUUCUGAAGACUCAACAUCAGACUAACAACAGCUGUAAUCCCAAUCUCUUCACACCAGAACAAAUGCAGAAACUUUUAAAGAUGAUAGAAAAGACAGAAGAAUCAUCCAUUCACAAGAUUAACCAAGUUCAGAGGCAAGAAACAGAAAACAAACCAGGUAAUUCCUCCUGGGUUAUUGACACGGGUGCAACAGACCAUGUCACACAUGAUAAAACUAACUUUACUAUUUUCUACAAAAUUAAACCUAUUACCAUUACUCUGCCAAAUAAAACUGUCAUCACUACUGAAUAUGCUGGAACUAUACGUUUUACUGAGAAUUUUAUCCUUUUCAAUGUUCUUUACAUACCUAAUUUCUGUUUUAAUCUGAUUUCUGUUCAGAGUCUCAUCAAAGACUUAAAUUGCAAUCUAAUAUUUUCCUAUGAGAACUGCCAGAUAAGGGAGAAUCNUUCAUUGAAGACGAUUGGAUAUGCUAAACCUUGGAAUGGUCUCUACUAUCUACAAGAUUUCCCUAAACCAGAACAAAGAGAUAUUGACAAGGCUGUUUUCUCUUUUAAAAAGACUGAUGUUAAUCUGUGGCAUCUUAGANUANGGCAUCCUGGACAUCAUGUUGUAAAACGCAUAUGUGAAAUGUUUCCUUAUGUUAAGAUCAAAACUGAUAUUGACAAUCAGCAAAGUCCAGAAAGUAAAGAGGAUGCAGAUGAGUUCUUCACUGACCUUUCAAAGGACUAUUAUCCCACUUAUGAAGACCAACAUGAUGAGCUUGAGGAUAUUAACCAAGGUGAAGAACUGGACAAUUUUGCUACCACAAAUGACAAUCAAGAAAAUUACAGACACAGAAGACCAGAAAGGACUAGAAAGACCCCUGCUUAUUUGGAAGACUAUGUCCACCAGGGAAACAUUCAAAAUACAUCAUGA